AUGUCCACCUUUGAUUUUAUUGUCGUUGGGAGUGGCCCGUCCGGCUGCGUCCUCGCCGCCGACCUCGCUAAUUCGACCUCCAAGCCCCGCAUCCUCCUCCUCGAAGCAGGUGAUAACAGGGAAGAUCGCAACUUUCGCAUUGACGGUCAGCGAUGGCUCACUUUCCAUGACCAGUCAAUGAACUGGGGAUUCAAGACGAUUCCGCAGGCGGACUGCAACAACCGUGAGAUCGACUACAGUCGCGGUCGGUGCAUGGGCGGCUCGAGCUCCAUCAAUUUCGGCGUGUACAGCGUCGGUGCGCGCGACGAUUACCAAGAGUGGGCGAGAAUUGUUGGCGAUGAGACUUUUGCGUGGGCAAGUGUUCAGCAAAAGUACAAGGAUCUGGAGACGUUCCAUGCGGAGAUUCCAGAGGGCGUAGAUAGAAAGUAUGUGGAUCCGAAGAUGGAGAACCAUGGAAGUGAGGGCCCAUUGCAUGUGGGCUUUGCGCGGGAGUGGGAGCGGGAUUUGACAGACCUCUUGAGUGUUUUCGAGCAGGCUGGGUUCCCGUUGAACCCAGAUCAUAAUUCAGGAAAUCCGAUUGGUAUGUCGGUGCUGAUUAACUCGGCGCACAAGGGAUGGCGCUCGACAGCAGGAGAUCUGGUCAAAGAGAAACUCGAUAAUUUGACUAUCAUUACUGGGGCCCCUGUACAGCGUGUCCUGCUGGAGGGGAAAAAGGCUGUGGGUGUUGAGUCAAACGGGAACAAAUACUACGCCUCAAAGGAAGUCCUUCUAUCCGCCGGCUCGCUAAACGACCCCCGAAUCCUGAUGCACUCAGGCAUAGGCCCCGCUGCCCAACUCCAGAAAUAUGGAAUCCCUGUCGUCCACGAUGCACCUGCCAUCGGCCAGGGUCUUCGUGAUCAUUGCUUCGUGCCGAUGGUGAACACUCGCACAGCAACCAGCACGGACAGAAAUGCCUUUUAUGGCGACAAAGCCGCCAUGGAGGCUGCGCAAAAGCAAUGGGAUGAAGACGGGACAGGCCCUUGGGCGAAGUUUGCUUGCGAGUUGGGCAUCGGCUGGUUCAAGCUGACCGAGCAGCUUGUUUCCACGCCAGAAUUCAAGUCACUUCCUGCAGAUGAACAGAAGUAUCUUCUUCAAGAAACCGUGCCACACUACGAGAUCCUCACCCAUUUCCCCGCUCACUGGGUCAUCCCGGAUUUCCCAAACAAGGCGUUGAACUACUCCUGUCUUCUCGUCUUCUUAUACAACGCGCAGACUCGUGGAGAAGUCACACUGCAAUCUUCAGACCCUGACUUUCCGCUCUCCUUCAACCCCAAGUUCCUGGCUCACCCGUUCGACCGUCGACUGGCGAUCGAGGCCUUGCGCGACUCCUUCCGCGUCGCAAAGCACGAAUCCUACACCAAAGAUAACGUGGCGGAGUUGGCAAUGCCUAAAGGAGAGUCAGAUGAGGACCUUCUAGAAUAUUGGCGGCAGAAUAUCACGUCAAGUUGGCACAUGACGGGAACUGUGAAGAUGGGCACAAAGAACGAUGCAGACGCAGUCGUGGAUCCGGAUUUCAGGGUGCUAGGUAUUGAGAAUCUACGCGUGGCAGAUAUGUCGGUUGUGCCGGUGUUAGUGAAUGCGCAUGUUCAGGCCGCUGCGUAUGUCACUGGCGCAAUCUGUGCGGAUAAGUUAGUGAGGGAGUAUAGCCUUUAG